AUGGAUCAUCUCGCCCGUCAGGCGGCAACAGAAGAAGCGUCCCGAGGUUGCCGCGUGUCGUGGAGCGAGGCCGCGUCGGGUUGGGAUUGGGCUCGGCUCACGCUCAGCGCGGCGGGACGCAACUGUACCUUCGCCGUAGAGGGCGCCCCGUGCGUGACGGAAGAGGAAGCAGACUUCGCGUCGGGGACCCGAAACGGAGUCUUCGCCUGCGAGUUACGUCACUUGCAACCGGGAAGCGCCUACGUCUUGCGCGUUCGCUCCGGCGACGGCCGAGAAGUGACCGACGCCACCGUGCGCACCAGUCCGUCCGCGGUGCGGGACCUGCGCGUGACCUCCAGGCUGAGUGACAGCCUGGGACUUUCCUGGCAAGCAGGCCCGGGCGGUACUCACCGUUUCAGGCUGUUGGUGCGGGGAGAAGACGAGCGCCCGCUGCUGAACGAGACGUUGGAGAGCACCGCUACCGGGAGCACCGUCCGCAACUUGACGCCGGGCACGGCCUACAAUGUUACCGUGGCGACGGAGGCGGGCGGACUGUACAACGACACCACCGUCCGCACUCGGACGGGGCCGGCCGCCGUCACCGACCUGACCGCCGUCGCCGACCGCGCGAGCGCAAACGGCACCGGCCUGCGGCUGUCGUGGCGACGGCCGGAGGGCGCCGCGGACGCCCUGCUGGUCUCGCUGCGGUCCGACGCGGACCCCGGCCCGCGGCGGACCCGUCUGCUCCCCGACGCCGUCGAGGUCACCGUGGACGGGCUGACGCCCGGCGCGGCUUAUCGGGCGACGGUGAGCACCCGGAGCGGCGAGCUGCUCAACGGAUCCGAGAUCGACACCCGCGCAGCUCCCGCGCCGGCGUCUCUCCUGGCUCUGACGCCCACCCCUCCGGGGGGUCUGUUCCUGUCGUGGUCACCCCCCGCCGGUCACUGGGACGGCUAUCGACUGGUUCUUCGCGACGGCUCCCGGGAGGUCGUCGCCGCCGUCCCCGGCGAGGACGCCGUCAACUUCACCUUCGGCGGGGAGGGACUACUCCCCGGACGGCGGUACCGAGCGACGCUCGCGGUGCAAAGCGGAAAUCUGACGGCGGAAAGCAGCUGCGAGGCGGCCACACUGCCGGCGCGCGUGCGCGACCUCCACGUUCGCCACGCUGACGAGACGUCACUGAGCGUCAUGUGGAGCCACGUCUCCUCCGGUUCCCGGGACGCUUACUUCCUGACUCUUCGCCACGGUGACGUCGUCGCGAACGCCAGGGAAGUGGAGCCUCAUACGAGGGAGUGCACCUUCAACGUCCUCACGCCCGGGAGGAUUUACAACAUCACCGUGACCACCAGGAACGGGAAUCUCAGCGCGUCGGUCUCCGUGGAAGGGCGGACAGUUCCCUUGGCGCUGAGCGCCAUCACGCUGCGCGGCGUCGGCGUGAACGGCCUCGAGGCGGCGUGGGAAAAACCUCGCGGUGACCUCGACUCCUACGCGCUCACGCUACUCAAGGACAGCGUCGUCGUUCAGAAUCACAGCGUUCCCGUCGGCCGCGCCUCUUUGGCGCUUUCCGAUCUGACCCCCGGCGCCCUCUACACACUGGAGGCCGUCACCGUGAGCGGCGGCGUACGGUCCAAAGUCACCGGUCUUCAAGGAAGAACCGCCCCGGCGUCCGUUACCGAGGUAGCGGCGGUGAACGGCGGUCGUCCCGACACGCUGCGCGUAUCCUGGCGCCCCGCGGACGGCGUCGCGGACAGUUACCUGGUCCGCCUGGAGGACGGAGGAGGCUCCGCGGUCCACGCGGUGGCCGUUUCUGCCGCGUCCUCGCCCGAGUGCUCCUUCGGCUCGCUGGCGGCGGGACGGAUGUACGCCGUCGUCGUAACGACCAGAAGCGGCACCCUGGAGAACGCCACCCGGGUGCACGCGCGCACGCAACCCGCCCCGGUGCAGAACCCCACCGCCGUGCACUCCGCCCGGGACGACUUCCUCAAGGUGUACUGGCGCCAGGCGUCGGGCGACGUGAGCGCCUACGUGGUGGCCCUGCGGUACAACGGCAGCGUGGUGCGCCGGCAACGCGUCGUGGCCGGGCGCAGCCAGUGUGACUUUGCCGCGCUGACGCCCGGCAGGCUUUACGCCAUUACCGUGGAAACGUGGAGCGGCGACCUCGUCAGCGCCGCCGCCACCGAGGGACGCACGUUUCCGUCCGCGGUUGCCAAUCUGUCCAUUGGUGACGCGGGAUCGGAUGACCUUACCGUCACCUGGAGCCCCGCGCCCGGAGACGUGGACCGCUACGAGGUGACCCUGUUGUUCAACGACACGCGCGCAUUCCCUCCGGUGACCUUGGGGAGUGAUGCGCGACGACACCGAUUCACGUCGCUGACGGCGGGACGCCUUUAUAAAAUAGUCGUGUCCACGUUCAGCGGACCAAACCAGAGGGCGCUCUUCGUGGAAGGCCGCACAGUUCCCGCCACAGUCACCGACCUCCGACUGACGCCGCGGCGCCCCCCGAAAGACGAUGGCGGCGGCCUGGCCGUCACGUGGACGCCGGCGGUCGGAGACGUGGACGUUUACAUCGUCUCUCUGACCGCUACGGGCGGCGUCGCGGCGGACCCUCGACCGGUCCCCAAACACGUCUCGUCUCUGGACUUCCCGGAUUUGAUCCCGGGGCACGCCUACACUGUCACCGUCCAAUCGCGAAGCGGGGAGCUGACCAAUAGUGUCGCGGCGGCCGGCCGCACAGUGCCUGACGGCGUGAGCGCGCUGCAGGCGGACAAGGAGCACACCGCGCACGGGCUGACGGUCACGUGGGAGCGGCCGGCGGGCCAAUACGACGCCUUCGAGCUGCUUCUGAGCGACUCCGCGGGCGUCCCGGUGGCCAACCGCACGUUGCCGCCGCAGAGUCGCGCCCACCGCCUGGAGGGUCUGACGCCUGGCAAGUGGUACCGCGUCAAGAUGAUCACGCUGAGCGCGGGGUCGGCCUCCGCCGAGGUGGCGGCCGAAGGACAAACUCGUCCCUCCGCCGUUUCCAACUUAACGGUGACGUUUGCCAACGCGUCGUCUCUGGGUUUCUCCUGGGACCGCUCCGACGGCCACGUCGACGUCUACGAGGUGUCGCUCUUCGCUUUGGCCGAAGCCGUCGUCGGCGACUCAUUGCGGAUCCGGCAGGCGUCGGGCGACCUGGUGGGUGUGCAGAAAGUGUCGCCGGCCGUGGGCUCGUGCUCGUUUACGGGCCUGCGAGCGGGAAAUCUGCACCGACUGCGCGUCGUCAGCUGGAGUCGACUUUUGAACAGCGACUCGUCCGUACUCGCCAGGACGGAACCCUCUCCCGUCAGGGGGCUGGAGCUGGACAGCGGCGGGCGCACGGACAGGCUGACCGUGCGCUGGCGGCACGGAGACGGGCGGCGCAGCGGGUACCAGGUGAUCCUGUCCGACGCCUCGGGCGCCGUGCUGGGAGAUGAGCCGCUGGGGCCGGAGCGUAGCAGUUGCGCCUUCGCGGGGCUGGCGCCCGGCAGGCUGUACCGCGCCGACGUCAUCGCCCGCAGCGGCGAGUUGAGCGGCAACGCGUCGACCGUCGGACGCACGGUCCCGGCCCCGCCCGGCCGUCUUUGGAUCGAGCCGGGCCCGGCCGACGACACGCUGGAGCUUCGGUGGACCGGCCCCGCGUCCGGAGACCACGACGGUUUCGCCGUGGCGUGGACGCCGCCCGACCCCUUGUCCGUCACGCUCCGACACCCCACCGUUCGCCUGGUGGGCGGCGUCUUUCCGGGGAGACGUUACAACUUUACCGUGGCGACCGUCAGCGGGGGCGGGGCGCCGGGCGGGCCCCUCCUCACCAGCCGGCCCGUCCAAAGAGGCUUCACGACAAGUCCGUCCCCCUUGCGGUCCCUCCACUGUGUCCCCGCGUCAUCGUCGUCCAUAUCGUGCCGGUGGUCUCCCCCCGCGUCCGAUCUGGAUUCUUACGAGGUGGAGUGUCGUCGCCACGACCGCGACGAGCUGACGUCGGCGCUGCGGCUGGAGGGCGGAGUCACGUCCGUCACCUUGGACCGACUGGACGCUUUCAGGAAGUACGCCGUGACCGUCAGGGCGGCGUCGCACGGACGCGCCGGUACUCCGACCACGCGCACGGCCGUCACCAUGAUCGACCGUCCGCCGGCCCCGCCCCCUAGCGUUCGGGUGAGCGCGCUCGCGGCGAAGGUGACGUCGUCCUCCGUCUCGUUUCGCUUCAAUUGCUCCUGGUUCAGCGACGUCAACGGCGUCGUCCGAUACUUCGCCGUCAUCGUGGCCCAGUCCGACGCCAAUGAUGCGCUGCUGCCCGAGCGGCGCCACCCGCUGCCGUCCUACCGACAUUACAUCAACAACGCCUCGGUCAGGGCCUACCAGAGCGCUUACUUCAUCAACAGGUGCCCGCAAGAUGCCCAGGCGGCAGCCGGCCAGGUGAUGGAGGUCCACUUGGGAGCGGGCGGCGACCGACUGGGCGGAGCCUGCGACCGUUCCCGCGACGACUCCUACUUGAGCGACGGCUACCCAGACUUUUGCGACGGGCCGCUUAAGGAGAGAACAUCUUACAGAUUGAGCGUGCGGGCGUUCACGCGACUCUUUGACGAAAACGACAAAGAGUUUCCCGAGCCGCUGUUUAGCGACACGUACCUUUCGGCCCCCCUGAGGACACGCGCGGAGCCGCUAGGUGGCGUAGCGGAGGGCCUGAGUGCCAGCGUGUUCCUGUUGGGCGUGACGGUGGCCGUCGCCUCUCUGCUUCUUUACAGAUACCGACUCAGGAAAGUGGCGCUUCAGGAGAACCCGCUGAUGAGGGAGAACGUGUGGAAGGAGGCGCCCGACGCCGGGAUGUACGUGGGGGUCAGGAGCGUUCGCCACGUCACCAGUCCAGUGAAAGCCAGUCACUUUGAGUCCCACGUGUCAAAGCUCCGGGAGGACGCCGGCGUUCUGAUGUCCGAAGAGUUCGAGGACUUGAAGGACGUGGGGCGAAGUCAGACCGUGGAGGUGUCGCGAGCGCCGGAGAACCGCGGCAAGAACCGUUACAACAACAUCCUACCCUACGAUUCCACGCGAGUCAAGCUGUCGUGUCCGGACGACGACUCCUGCUCCGACUACAUCAACGCCAGCUACGUUCCUGGUUGCAACUCCCGUCGCGAGUACGUGGCGACGCAGGGCCCGCUGCCCGCCACUAAGGACGACUUCUGGAGGAUGCUGUGGGAACACGGCGUGCGCGCCGUCGUCAUGGUGACUCAGUGCGUGGAAAAAGGACGGGUGAAGUGCGACCGGUACUGGCCCGCCCACCGGGAGACGCUGUUUUACGGCCGGCUGGCGGUCCGGACGACGUCCGAGUCGGUCUUUCCCGAGUGGACCGUCCGCGACUUCCGGAUCUCCUCGGAGAGCGGCGCCGCUCGCGCGGUGCGACACUUCCACUUCACCGCGUGGCCCGACCACGGCGUCCCCGACGGCACGCGCUCGCUCGUGCGGUUCGUCAGGACCGUCCGAGACUUCGCAGACCGCUCGGCCGGCGCCGGUCCCGCCGUGGUGCAUUGCAGCGCGGGCGUGGGCCGUACCGGCACCUUCAUUGCGCUAGACCGCCUCCUGCAGCAGCUGGACGCCAAAGGCGGCGUGGACGUGUACGGUUGCGUCUUCGACCUUCGCCUCCACCGCCAGCACAUGGUUCAGACAGAGAGUCAGUACGCCUUUCUGCACCAGUGCGUACGCGACGUUUUGAGAGCGCGCAAACAUCAGAGCGACGACGCCGUCUACGAGAACCUGGACCCGGACUUGUGCCGCGAGCCGUUCCGCUCGGGCCGCUGA